GUUUUCUGUGGUCAGGUUGAGAUUGUCAACAUCUUGUGAAACAAGACGUGUGCGAUAGACUAACAAUCAAGAAACGCAGUUUUUAUCAACAUUUGUUAAUCACAUACAGUCAAGUAUUAUAGAGGUCUGUCGGAAGAUAUCAGGAUGGCAGAAGCUGGGGGUUUUCAGCUUCAUGAGGUGAAAGGAGAUCUGUUUAAAUGUCCAGAAACAUCAGCCCUGGCUCACUGUAUCAGUGAGGACAUUAGAAUGGGGAAAGGUAUCGCUGUCAUCUUUAAAAACAAGUUCGGAGGAAUACAGGAACUCAAAAACCAAGGUAAAUCAGUAGGCAGUGUGGCGGUUCUGAAGCGUGGACAGCGGUACGUGUACUAUCUGAUCACCAAGAAGAAAUACUCGGACAAGCCCACAUACGACACAAUGAGAUCGAGUCUUGUGGCCAUGAAAGAACACUGCGUGGCCCACGACGUGAAGUCAGUGUGUAUGCCACUUAUUGGCUGCGGACUUGACAGACUACAGUGGGCCAAGGUGGCGGAGAUCAUUUGUGAGGUCUUCUCAGAUACAGAUGUCAGUGUAUCUGUGUACAGUUUGUAAAUGAUGGUCGUUUGUGUAACCUUUAUGACACAGGACUUUUGAUGAAGAGUUGCAUGAUUCACAUUCCUUAGGUUUUCUCAAAUGCAGACGUCAAUGUAACUAUACAGUUUGUAAGUGAUGGUUAUUGAGAAUGUAGAUAACCGUGAUUAUGCAGGACUGUGAAGAAGAACUUUGUUUGUAAAUGAUGAUCGUUUAUGUAAAGUUUAUGACACCUGUAGGACUUUGGUGAAGAUCUGAUUUACAUUCCUUAGGCUUUCUCAGAUACAGACAUCGAUGUAACUCUGGACAGUUAUAAAUGAUGGGUGUUUAUGGAACCAUGAUUAUGCAGGACUGUGAAGAACCGAUUUACAUUCCUCAGGCUUUCACAUAUAGACAUCAUUGUGCAUGUAACAGUGUACAGUUUGUAAAUGAUGGUGGUUUGCAUGACCAUUGCUACACAGGACUGAAGAAGGACCAGUUCACAUUCCUUAUAUUAUUUAGGGACCAGUUUUAGACAUAUUUAUCUUUUCUUCGGUUUUUUACAUUUCUUUACACAAGUAAAAUUCCUUGUUUGAUGGAACGUGAAAAUAACUAAUGUACAAAGUACAUGUACCUUUUUGUAUUUUUGUUGGAUUUUUGAGUGGGGUUUCUGUAUUUCAUUUUGUAUUAAUACUGCAUAUUUUUAACAUUGGUAUGUUCUAACAACCUACUUCAUUAUUCGUCCUAUGUGUAGCCAGUGCAUGUACAGUUUACAGUUUGUAUGUGAUGGUCAUAAUGUAUGUGUAACCAUAACUACACAGGACUGUGAUCAAGGAUUGAUUCACAUUAUUUUCGUUAUUUGGGGAUCAGUUACAAACACAUUAUUUUUUUUUUUUUUUUUUUACAUAUUUGUCAAAAGUAAAACAUUGUUUGAUAUAACACGAUAUUAACUGUUUAAUGUACAAAGUACUUUUUUCAUUGAGUGUUUUUGUUUGUUUUGUUUGGGGUUGAUCUGGUUUUGGGGGGUUUUCAUUUUGUAAUAUGAUACUGCUUGUUUUUUAACAUUGGUAAAAGUGCAUCACGACUGAUA